AUGUCGUUCUUUUCUCGACGCAAAGACAAGCCCCUCAUUCCACCCGUUGAGUCGGAACGCACUGCCUUUUCCUCAAACGGGAUCUCGCCGCCUCCGUCAUAUCGUUCCAAUGCAAGUACCUACGUUCCCAGUCGCGACGGCGACCCAUACAAUACGCCAUCCAGCAAAGUCACCUCUUAUCCGCCACCAGCACCGACACCAAUGAACGACUAUGAACCUCGUGAUAAGUACAGCAGGAGUAACGGGGUUGGGGACAUCUAUUCCCGUGGUGAAGCUGAACUGGACCAGGAUCGCAAUGAACUUUUCUCGGGCUACAACCCUCAGAAGGCUGGUUCUGGACGUUUCUUUGAUGGUCCCCAGAUCAAGGAGCCAGCGCCGGGCGAAGAGAAUGAUGAAGAUGUUGAGGGGAUCAAACAGCAAACGAGGUUCACCAAACAGGAGAGUGUAAACUCUACUCGAAAUGCUCUUCGCAUGGCCCGCGAGGCCGAAGAAACUGGCCGCAAUACCUUAUCCAGGUUGGGUGAUCAGUCUGAGAAACUUGCCAACACGGAGCGUCACUUGGAUGUUUCAAAGGGCCACUCGGUUCGCGCUGAUGACAAGACCGAUGAGCUUAAGAAACUUAACCGCUCUAUAUUCCGACCUGCUAUUACCUUCAACAAGGACGCGAAGCGAGCCGCUCAGGAGGCUAAAAUCCAGGGUCGUUAUGAGGAAGAACGGGAGGAAAGGGAGAAAGCCAUGAUGGACAUUCGAGAGAGCCAGAAUCGGAUCGGUCGCGCACAGACAUAUGGGCGCCAUGACGAUGAAGAGGGAUUGUCAGGUUCAGGACGAACCAAAACAGCCUCAGAAUUGUCAAUAAGGAAGGAGCAGAGAAAGCGGUUCCAGUUCGAGGCUACUGCUUCUGAUGAUGAGCUUGAGGAUGAGCUCGAUGACAAUUUGAAUGAGAUAGGUGACAUGACGAAGCGAUUGAAGGCCUUGGGCACGGCCAUGGGUCAGGAGUUGGAUAGCCAGAACAAACGAAUUGAGGUCAUCGAGGGCAAGACUGUCGGGCUGGACAGCAGAAUCUAUAGAAAUACUGAACGCCUCAAGAAGAUCAAGUAG